AUGGACUUGGGCGAGUUGGGUGGAGAUGAGCCACAUUUUGAAGACGAUGAUGACGGGGAUGAAGAGGACGAUGGGGAGUUUGACAAACGAUCAAGGAAACGGCAGCGUCGUGCGGGUGAAAGGAAUGUAGCGCUACAACACAUCAAAACAAUAGUGAUAAUCAGCAUAUGCCUGCAAAAUACGAACGAAAGAUGCAACUGCUUACAGGGCUGGAUGGGCUUUUUCAUGAAGUCAACAGGCGUCCCUGAGAAGGUCAUUGAGGUCAUGGCACACGCAGGGCUAUCCGUCAGCCUGUCCACCAUAUAUAACAUGGUGACAUCUAUUUCGAAGGAGAUCAGCCACAAACUUGAUGAGCCUGAAACCAUCCAGAGGAUACCUAUACACAAGACCAAUCAGAUUCCCUGCCGCUCGAUGAAUAUCAAGCAGUCUACCACAGACGGAAACGUUGAAGUCUUGGAGAACUUGUUUCACCAGGGAGGUAUCGGGGACAAGAGCGAGGUCAACUUCAAUGCAGAACACGAUGUUGACAUGACAGAACAUGUAAUUCUGGUUCAUGGAGACCUAUUAACAAAGGAGCGUGUCGACAGCGUGCGGAACAGCCGAAAAAUCGAGCACACACCGAAAAAUCGUCUCCAGUACGUUGUAUUCCUCCCAGGACUCUUUCACUACAAGAUGGCGUGUGCGGAUGCAUUGUGGCGCACGUACAUUCAUCCAAAGGAAGGGCGCGAGGAUGAGAAUAGCCUCUAUCAGCACAUUGGGAUCCUUCGACCUGAUGAAACAGGAAAGAUGGUCAGUAAACCUGGAUUUCGGCGUGUCCACGAUGUUGUUCACCACGACAUCUGGGCAUCAAUGCUUGACUGCUGGCGUCUUGAAGCAGAGAGCCGAAAUACUGAAUGGUCGACAUUGGAAAGAUUCGCCACGUCAAAGCCAGUCUGGGAAGAUAUAAUCAAUAUGUCCCGUGUCAUCGUGAAAAAGUUCAUUGCGACGACCCAAGAUCUGGACGCAGCACGGGAACAGCCACCACUACAACGAGACAAGCGUUUCGAGAACCAGACCCUGCGUAAUCGUGACGAGCUCUUGUACGUUGACCUUUGUCAAGCCAUGAACACCGGAGAUAUCGGUCAUGUCGAAGCAUCGUUUCUCCCUUGGAUUCAUAUGUUCAAAGCUACUGGAAAGCAUAAAUAUGCGUCACAGAUGUCAAGGUUCCUGACGAACCUUCAAUUCAAUUAUCCAGCGGCUUUGAGUAAUAUAGUGCGGAUGAACUUACUAUGCAACCCAACCGGCAAGCCAUUUGCUUUUCGUGCAGUUGACUGGGUUGUCGAGCGCAACAAUUUGUAUACAAAGGUCAUAUUUCGUGGCGGCGGUCCAAACGGCACACUGGAUCACAUCAUCAAAGAAUCGCCUCUCAUUGAAGUAUACCGAAACUGCCACGUAACGAUGGAAAACGCAUUCCAUCUUCAGCACCGCACAAUCCGACACGCUGCACCUGACAUGACGAAGACAAUUCAGAAAUUGGCAGCGCGAAUCAAACAAAAAAACCCACAUACCAAGAAGGAAGGCCGAAGAAGUGGUGGAUGCACUGACGGUGGUGGUGGUGUGAGCAAGGUCAAUAAUGCGGUUGAGAGUUUUGUUUGA